AACAAUAGAUUGUCGUUUGAAGUGAGUAAAGACCGAACUAAUGUGAUGGUGUACAUGUACGACAGACAUCGAAUUGGAUUUGAUGUCUUCAUGGGAGCUGUCAACUUCGAUUUGCAAUAUUUCCCACCCGACGUGUUGAUUCAAGACUGGUUCCAACUGAGUUGCUUUGGGCAGAAAGACACUGCGGUGACGGGGAAAGUCCUUUUAAGAGUGUGUUAUAGAGUCAGCCAGAACGCAAAUUGCGUGUUUGUUGAUAUUCAAGGGAAGUCACCAUUGUUGAGAGACUAUUACCCGUACACACACUUCUUAAUUGAACAAAUCGAAAAGCAGAACAAGGCCCGAAAGGAUAAGAAACUUUGCUCCAAUACAAUGAUGAUGUUUGAGGGGCAAAUAGUAUGUAAUAACCCAGUUAAAUGA